GCAGAAGCCUCAAGACAAGCUGAAUGAUCCUGAACCUGUCUCCCUUCCUUCCCUACAAGUGUAGUCCAGUUCAUCGAAGCAUUUUAAAGGGAUUCUCCCAUAUAUACACAAGCCCCACGUUCACUUCGUAUCAUCGUGCUGGCUGGAAUUGACCCGACUCACUCUGGCUCCAGAGGAUCUUGUACAUGUGUAAUCCUAGCAAUUUGGUACUAAGGCAGCUCCGCUUGUCCUCGUCACUUGGGCUUUUCAUGAUCACGCACACAAAGCCCUGCUACUCUCAGCAACAUCAUUAUCUACGUUGCUGCUUUGUUGGUCACUUUGGCACAAAGUUGUCCCACCACCAUAUCCUCGAUGGAAACCUCUUGACGUCCAAUACCUUGUUGUACCUUGUACAUAGUGCCGUAGCGUGUUUGUAACCUCGUAGUGUAUUGUUGUUGGCUAUGUGCUAGAGAGUAAAUAAGCUGUAAUACACAAACAGCGAAACUAGGAGUGUCAUUAUGUUGCACGUGUUCCUGGUGGACACGGGCACCAUGCUCCAAUUGGACAUGAACCUGGCCAUGGAGAGUGUGACGGCGCUAAAGCGGGCUAUUGCCCGUAAGUACGCUAUACCAGAGGACAAGCAGGUUCUUUUGAUCUCGGGGGGCGAGAGUUUGGACGAGUCCGAGCGGGUUUGCAAAUACAAGAAUGCGGGGGUGGACACCAAUCCGAUCUUCCUGUUUUCACUACUUAACAUAGAGAGCAUGGACCCGCCUAGUUUGAGUCCGUGCUCACAAGAGAUGACGUCCUCCACGGAUAUCCAAGAGCGGGUGGAAGCCGCUCAAAAGUUGCCUGACGCUCAAUCCACCGUGGCGGUCAGGUCUUCCAUCGCUCAAGGGAUUGUGUCCGAUUCUCAUCGAGAGGUCCGAUUGUGCGAGGACUUGAUUUUGCAUCAACAUAUGCAACAUCAAGGUUGGAUGGCGGUCAUGGCCAAUGUUGAAGACACAGCCACAUCUUUAGAGAAAAGGAGGGAUAAAUUGGCGAAGGUGUAUGAGGACUAUUUGAAGCACCGAGAGGAGUACCGGGAAGUAGUCGAGACUUUCGAUGACGACAUCGCCUUAUUGCACCAAAUCCCAGUGUUCACGUCACUCCUCACUCCCGAGAUACAAGAGAGCAUGAUCGGAAGCGUGAUUGCAUCACAGCCUUUUCAAGGCGAGACCAUGACCUUAUUGGAGUGGAUCAAUUCCAAAGGAAGUAGCAACUCGCUAGAGCAAGUGGCCGACAGUUGUUAUCGCGCCAUUGAAACGCUGGAUUCCGAUCUGUUGAACGAUCUCCAGACACACGUGAAUGGAGCCAUCGAGGCCUCGAAGAAUACGCAGAUGAAGGAAAUCCGUGGCUUGAGUGACCGACUUCAAGGCCUUGAGCAGAUCUUGAUGGAGGCCAAGAAACUGGAGAAGGAGCAAGAAGACCUGGCCCAAGCCUUCCUCUUGAACCAACAGAGAGCUCAGGGCUUGAAAGACGCAUCCAUCUUGCCCGAUCUCUGCGAGAGCCAUCGCCAACAACUCCAGGUUAUGAGUAAGCAUUUCCAGCAAAUCCUUUCCAGGCGGAAACGUUGCCUCAAGGCCAAGGUUGAACUUUCCAACAAUCUGCAUAUUCGAAUGCAGUGGGUGGUCAUGAUUCAAAAUCAGAUGGCCGAUGUCGGGCAGAAGAUGGUCAUGCACACUGAAGAGCUCCGAAGACUCAAUCGCAAGCUCGAGGUCAUAGAACAAUUGCACACUGCCCCGUCCAUGUAUGUGGCCACGGCUGUGGAAGUGGUCCGUCGGAGGGCCUUUUCAGAUCGAUUUUUGGCCCGCACGGCCAGUCUUUCAGAGAAGUUCUCAUCCCUCCAUCAGGAAGAAGUCAGUUUGCGGCGAAACUUCCAAAGUAAGCUCAAGAAGCACUUCUUGUCGAAAAUGUUCCCAGGAAUGGAUGAUAUUCCUCCAGCUUAUGCCACCGAACGUCCCCGAAGAUUCGAUGAUCGUCUUCCAAAUAUCACCCUCAAAGAUGUUGAGAAACUACGAAAUCAAUUCCCCGACUUAGCCGCAUCGCUGAACGUGCCUGAUGAAACCGCGUUUGCAGAUCUUCUCUCCAAAUCCAUCAAUCAAACCAUGACUCAGGCCCAGGGGGAGGCAUUGUCCAGUCUUCAGAACAUGCCGCGACGAAUUUUGAUCAACAACUCGGGCGAUAUCAACAGCAUAAGUGUCAUGAACAAAUUCAUGACUGAUGGUAGCAAACGUAGGGGAAGAUUAACCAAAGGGUCCAGCCGUGAUCGACCAGCUGAGUCCGACUCGGACACGGAUCACUUCGAGCAGCCGGCCUGUUUUACACGCAACGGUAAGACUUACUCACGGGCAGAUCCUGCCAAAAUGACCAGAUCACUGCCCAUGGAUGAGUCUGUGGGAGCCGUUGAUGGCCAGUUACCAAUGGCAGCAUCGACCGAGUCCAUGACGUUCGAGGUUAGUAAAACAGAAGAUGUGGGAGCAUCUUCCUCCAGCGCCGACCCCUCCAGCUCAAGCCACGGGCAUAAUACCAGUGUGGCGCCAUCAAGUUCCAGUGACACCAGUUGUCUGAAGCAAGUUGGCGCUAUAUCUGAAGAAGUUGAGCCCCACGGACCUCCGGUCGAAGCAAAAUUGGCCCAUAUCGAAGCUAGCUACGCCAGACUGCAGAAAAGUGUUCUAGCCAUGGUCGAACCGUCGAAAGAGAACGUGGAACAAUUGAAAAUUGAGCUUGAAGCUUUAAGGGGCAGGAUCCUGGAAGAAAAAGCCGAUCUGGACCAAGACUUUUUGGUUUUCAGAACAUCAAUUGUAGAUAAACUGGAAAAAGUUGAACAAGGGACACUUGCCGAGCUCCAAGCUCAGGUGGAUGCGGCUAACACGAACAAAGAUGAGGUGAUCACGGCGCUGGAGAGAAAACUUGAGGUGGAAAAGCAGAAGCUUGAAGAUUGUCGACGCGAGAUCGAAAUCUACCAUGAACACCUGGACGCCCGCGAACGGGAGAUUGACGAUCUAAAAGCUGACAAUGCCGAGCAGCUCGAGAAAGUCCACGAAACCUUCGAAGAAUCACGGAAAGUUUUACGGAAGGAGUCCGAAGACCGUGUUAACAAACUUAUUUUGGGACACGAGUUGGAGCUUGACUCGAUCCGCGAUGAUCCCAAGAUCAAUGAAAAGAUACAUGGCCUCCAGCACGAUAUCAAAGUUCUCAAGGAGGACCUAUCAACAAAAGAGGACGUAAUUGUGGACUUAAAACGCAAGACCCGCAUUUUAGAGAACUCAGCUGAGGAAAAGUUCAACAUGGAGAAGGAGAAAAUCGUGCAGAUUCUAGAGUCAGGCUUUGCUCAACGCGAGAGACUUGCCAUCGAGAAGCGCGAGGCCGAAUUGGAUGUUCAACAUGAUCAGAUAAUGACGGACUUAAGGGUCAAGUUUCUUCAAGACAUUGAAGCCGAGGUCAAGGCUUCCAACGAAAAGGCCGCUCAGGACCUUGCUUCUAAGAUGGCCGAAUUAAACGACGCUCACACCCGCGAAUUAGAGGAACUGAAAGCAGAACACGAAGAGGAGAUUCAGGAGAAGAUUGCGGAAGAGCAGAAGCGAUUGGAGCAAGAGAAGGAAAAAUGCUUGAAAGCCCAAGCCGCCAAGAUGAGUGCCAAGGCCAAGCGAGAGGUGGAUAGCUUGAGGAGUCGAUUCAAAAUGAUCCAAUCUUCCGUGGCAAUUGAGCGUAGUCCUUCUGCGUCGGAAUCUGAAUUCUCAGCAGAGUUUUUGAAAAAACUUCAAACGUCGGUCGGUAAUAAAACGAGCCCAAGGUCAGAUGUGUUCGAUAAGAUUCGGUCCUCCCUUGUUCAGGAGUUUGAGAUUAACCUUAAGGCCGAACGCGACAAAUGGGAAGCAAAAGUACGUCAGAUGCAAUCGGACCAUGAGGCCGAAUUACAAGAGGCAUCCAAAGCCACCAAUGGCAACACAGAUCACAUGGCACAAAGCCAGACUCAAUUUAACGAGGCCAUUGCAAAAGUCAAGGCCGAAAAGGACAAGGAGCUCGAAAUCAUGGCGCAGAGAAUGAAGGAAGUGGAGAACAAACUCAACUCCACAUCCCUUAAUGAGAGCGUCUCAUUCUCCAAUGAUUUGGAACAUCUUGCCAAAACGAAAGAAACUCGACCCACCUGUGCUGCGGAGAAGGACAAAGUCUCCAUUGUGGUGGAUCUCGAUUGUAAAGGCAAAAUCUUCUUAAUCCAUUGGAGCGAGGAGUACAAGAAUUACAUCUUGUACACGGAGGGUCCAACCUUGACAUUCCUCCAUUUUGACUGGGUGGAUAAACUCCAUUUGAAAACCAAUGGGAAGCAAUUCACCAAAGCGAAAGUGGCGGGCAUCGAGUAUUGUGAGGCGAAACGUGCCGGUAAUCGCUUCAAUGUUCCCAAGGGAACCAAGUUCUAUCGUGCUAGGUGUGUCCCCGUUGAAGAGGGGAUUUAAAUAACAUGAGAUUGAUCAACUUU